UUUGGAUGACAACAAUGAUGGCGGAACUUCAAAUUUAAUUGCUUCAACUAUACUCAUGGAUGGUCAUAUCAAGAGUGGUAGCGUUGCUGAAGCUAUCAGUUGCUGGAAUGAUAUAUUUAAAAGGGGUAUAGAGGUUGAUGUUGUUGCAAUGUUAUUAUUCACGGAUACUCUCUGAGAGGGGACUUAACGGUUCUGUAUAACUCUUUGGGCAAAAUGUACAAAAGUGGUCUUGUUCCUGACAUUUUUUCGUAUAAUACAGUCAUCAGUGAGCUUUGCAAGUUAGGUAGGAUAGAUGAGGCUUGUUAUGUUUUUAGUGUUAUGUCAAGUAUGGGCAUUCCCCCUGACCACAUCACAUACAAAAUGAUCAUCCAAGGUUCGUGUAUUAGUGGAGAUUUAUAUAGAGCAACCUAUUUUAUUUCCCACAUGCUGCAAAACUCAUUGGUUCCCAAGCCUCUUAUUUGGAAUGUCAUGAUCAAGGCCUAUGGAAAACAUGGACGAGUACAAGAGGCACUGUUCAUGAAAAACAAAAUGAUUGAACUUGGUGUGCUGCCCAAUGUUUAUACAUACAACGCUCUUAUUUACACACAAAUAAAAGUUGGAAGUAUUGAUAAGGCUUAUUAUCUACUAACAGAGAUGCUCUCAAAUGGUAUUUCCCCUGAUGUAGUGACUUACAAUUUGUUGAUUGGUGCUGCUUGUGAUCUGGGCGAUAUUAGUUAUGCACUCCAGCUGCACAACGACAUGGUGAGGAGAGGAAUUGAACCGAAUAUAGUAACUUACACUGAAUUACUUAAGUGCUACAGCAUUCGAAACAAAAUCAGAGAGGCUGAAGAGCUACUUUUCAAGAUGUUGAUGACAAAUUUGCCAAUUGAUCACGUGCCAUUUUUGUACUCAUGAAGGAAUGCUUUAAGAUGGGGGAGCUAGAUAAAGUUUACAAUCUUUAUCGCACAUGGUUAAGAAGGGGGAAAUUCUGUAAUUGAAAUUCAUGUGUGAAACUGAACGAUGGCAUCAUCCCUCUACUAUGAAGCUUUUUGCU